UGACUAAGAGGCCACACCUGUCAGAGCCCCCCUUCCCCCACCCAAAAACCACUAGUGCCCAAGGCCCAAACCCCACGAUACCGUGACACCCUAACCACCCCCGACUCGCUUUCUCCGUCGCCGCCGCCGCCGCCGGUGACCGGCGACGGCGAUCCCGAUGGGCGCGUCAGCCUCCGUGCUCUAUCUCCCAAUGGCCUCCACCCUCCCCGCGGCCGCUACCACCGUCGCCGGGGCUACCGGCUGCUUCGCGCUCGGCUACCUGCUCGCCCUCAGCCGCCUCCCGCGCCACGCCACCGCCCCCACUUCCGGAGGGCUCUCCGAUGACGAUUCCGAGGGUGACUCGGAAGAAGAUGACGACGAAAAUUCCAGCCGCAGACGGACGGCGAAGCGAGCGGUCGGGCGGAAGCGGACUGGGCUCCGGCUGCUCUUCUGGGCGCGGAACGUGGUAACUAAGUCCGACUCGGCCAGGGAGGCGGAGAGGACCCAGUUCCAGACCGCCGCCAGCCCCCUGGAGAUCGAGAACCUGGCCGAGAUAAUAGAAGAUUUCAAGAUGGUGCUGGUCGUGAGGAAUGAUUUGAAGAUGGGGAAGGGGAAGAUCGCUGCACAAUGCAGUCAUGCAACACUCGGCCUGUUUAAAAAACUCCAACAGAGAGCACCAAAAUCACUAAGAAGAUGGGAGUGGUGUGGGCAAGUUAAGGUGGUUGUGAAAAUAGAAAGCGAGGAAGAUGUGCUUGUUUUACAAGGAAGAGCAAAGUCUUUGAAUCUGCCAACUCACAUAACCAUAGAUGCUGGAAGAACACAGAUUGCACCAAAUUCGAGAACAGUUAUGGCUAUUCUUGGGCCGGCUGAUAUGGUCGAUGAUGUCACCGGUGGUCUGAAGCUUUUGUAAACAUCACCUUCUCAGCGUUCUCAAACGUUGGGGAUGUUCAAAGAGCAAAGCUCGAAUUUUACAAUCCACAUUGGGAUUUCACUUUCACUGAUCUGCUGCUGAAGGAUGAACCUUGGCCACGUUGGUUGACCGAAGCAUGUUGUUCGAGGAUUUAUAUGAAAGGAGGUUGCAUUCUUUCUUGUAUCGACUGUUGUCAUUGGAGCUCUGAUUUCACUUGUUCCAAUGCUUUUUGGUGAUGAGAACUUAUGAACACUUGUUUCCUCUGUAACAUAGAUAAGGAAAAAAAAAAUGCUAGCGUAUCCCCA